UAGCGCCAGACCAGAGUGUAGUGUAGUAAACAAACAACAUGGCUGAGGAGUUUGAAUCUAUGCCCACCUCUCCUCCCGAGUCUGUGGACCUGGACAAGUUUAGGAAGGUUGUUCGCGGUUAUAUAGAGAGGCAUCACUACAAGGCUGCCGUCUUCUGGGCGGACAAGGUGGUGAGUCUGAGCAAUGGUUCGCCCGCUGACGUCUACUGGCUGGCUCAGACCUACUUCCUCACCAAACAGUUCCACCGCGCUAUUUUGCUUCUGAACGGACAUAAACUGACGCGGAAUCCCAGUUGUCGUUACUUGGUGGCUUUGUGCCAUUAUGAGGUCGGUGAGUUCCAGGCAGCAUUGGACGUGCUCGAACGUAGCGACAAUAACAACGUGUCCCGCAUCAAGGCUGAAGGGGAGCCUAUAUGUGUUCCAGAGAUCGACGAUACCAUGUCUAGUGCUAAAGAAAGAUCCGUACCACACAGGCUGUCUGCCCAUCCACGUGUCGUGCCUGGUGGAGCUCAAACAGGCCAACACAUUGUUUCUGCUGGCUCACAAGUUAGUGGACCUGUACCCAGAGAGUGCCCUCGCUUGGUUCGCUGUUGGCUGUUACUAUUAUCUUAUAGGUAAGAACGAGCAGGCACGCAGGUACUUGAGCAAGGCCACAGCACUAGACAGAGUGUUUGGCCCAGCGUGGAUAGCUUACGGUCACUCAUUUGCUGCGGAGAAUGAACACGACCAGGCCAUGGCGGCGUACUUCAAGGCAGCUCAGCUCAUGAAGGGCUGUCAUCUACCACUCCUCUACAUCGGCAUGGAGUACGGCCUCACCAACAACCCAAAAUUUGCUGAAAAAUUCUUCAAAGAAGCUUUAGAAAUAGCACCAGAGGACCCCUUUGUCUUACAUGAACUUGGUGUUGUAGCAUUCAAUAAUCAGGAGUAUACGCCGGAAGUGUACCUACGGCGGGCUGUGGUGUUAGUGGAGGAGAGCGGUGUAGUAGUGGUGCCUGAGAAGUGGUCCGCCCUCUUGAAUACUCACACACCUGCGAAGCUGCAGAAGUAAUAAGAGUCUCUACACUUUCACCAACAGGCAUUGAGGUUGUGCCCAGGUGUAUCGUCAACUUACUCGGCGUUGGGUCUGGUACAGUCCCUGUUGGGUGAUACGAUGGCGGUAGUGUCCCUUCACAAGGCUCUCUCCCUACACCGGGACGACACCACCGCCACCACUCUCCUCACCACAGUCAUGGAGCAGCAGGCACAGACCCCGGCUUUUCAGGGUGAUGAUAAUGUACCACAGUUGGACCUGCCAUCAGAGCUCGUGGGUACUGACACCAACACCAGCGACAUCACCCCUGCCUCUGCUGAAGACCCCUUGAGUGACACCAACCUGUUAGGCUCAAGUAUAGGUCAGCCGGUGAUGCACUCGUCAGACAUUGGGGGAGACUCUCUAAGCCACACUGAGAGCCAGUCAUCAGCUCUCAUCAUCGAGGACAUGGUGAUGGACGACCAGAGUCCAUAGAUGUAGAAAUAUUCUUCAGUCAAAUACAUUUACAGUGAAACCCCCAUCUAACAUACUACUGUAUAGAGAUGAAAGUCUGUUAUAUCUAAGUCUGUUAGAUGUUAAACCCUCAUCUCUUGGACAACUGUAUAUGUGGAGGAGAGUGCAUUAAUGGAGGUGUCAUUAUAAAGGGUGUCCCAUAAAUUUCCAUACAUAGGAAAAAUAAAUUUUAUAUGAAAAUCCAUUUUUAUUUAUAUAAUAUGCUCUACGUGACUACCAUUCUGUUGAAAACACUCUUCAAUGCGUGUCCUCCACUGCUGAAGAACACAUUCAAGCACAGCUGGAGUUAUGCUUGUAAUGGCGUUGGUGAUACGUUGUAUGGAAACUUAUGGGACACCCUGUAUAAGUUUCCUAAAUGAUGAUUUUCAUUGUUUUAGGUUAAUUAAUUUUCAUUUUAUACUGAAAUAAUAUCCUAACCAAGCAAAUUUUUUAAAAGUGUGUACAGGCAAUGACCGUUUUACAAUGGAUCAAUAUGUGCUCAGUCAGUUUUAUGAUGUAAAAUAUUACCACCAUUUACCACUAUGUGAUGGUUAAAGAUCAGUUUUAUGAUGUUCACUACCCUGAUGCUUUUCCUACACUGUCACUGCUAUGAAAAAGUGAUGAGCAAUGACUCACAAUAUUCUGAGAUAUCAUGACACUAUAUCAGAAUGGUGUAACACAUGCAGCCCACGUGGGAGGUUCUGCCAGGCUAAACAGUUGAACGUGUCACAUAGCCCAGAGGAUGGCUUGUGUGUGGAAGAAGCUAUUCUUUGUACAUAAUAAUAUAUACAGGUGCUCCUUUACUUACAAACGAGUUAUGUCCUGAGGCUUGUUCUAAAGUACAAUUGUUUUUGUAAGUCCAACUUUACUCCUGUAGACACCAAACAUAUUGCAAAAAAUAAAAGAUAAUGUGUGUUUAGUACAGGCAUCCCCCGCUUUACGGAAGCCCGGGUUAUGGAAUUUCGCUCU